CACAAAACACAUAAAGAGAGGGAUCGAGUGAGCUAGGAAGAUUCUUCACCAUGAGAACCAAUUGCUGCCUCAGUCUCCCCCCUCCAACUUCAAACGCUUCUCUCGUCCCCGUUAAGCCACCUCAUGUUUCAUUGGUGAAAAACGAAGGAUGUUGGAGAAGGCAAUGCUUUUUUAUGGGAGUGACAUCGUACUGCACCAUAAUUGUGUGCAAUUCGGUGAUAGCCGUUCAUGAAGCUGUUGCUCAGGAGGAAUCGAAUUAUUCAUCAGUUUCGGUUGGUGGUGGUGCCAAAUGGAGCGAGAAAAGGGCGUGCCCACCUUGGCGUGGCCACUCGCUUGAAACCAUCGUGCCGGAGAACCUUCCAAGGCCAGCUGCACGACGGAGAUAUGAGACCGUUCGUUCCAACUCCAAGACUGCGCCGCCCCUCACACCAUCCAUCAAACUUACGACAAACAAGGGCAGUUGCUUCUCCAUGUGAACAACCAAAUA